UCCGUCUGGGAAGGAAAGGUUUGGUGCAUCGGCGGAGACCGGGAGGCUGCCAGGACGCGAUCCGGAGUUGAGAGAGAGUUUGAUUCUGUACGUUUGUGGCCUCCCGAGGAUCAACUGCGGCCAUCCAGGCUUCUCCUACAUCAUCAUCCUCGUUUCAACCCGGCGAGCAGCAGUAAUCCGUUCAUCCCGUCGCAUUGAUUGCGGUUCACGGCGCAGCGCAAGAAGAAGAACCGGUGAAGAUGUCUGGCUAUCAGGGCAAGAAGAACAUCCCCCGCAUCACAAGUGACCGUCUCCUGAUCAAAGGAGGGAAGAUUGUGAACGAUGACCAGUCCUUCUGUGCUGACAUCUAUAUGGAGGAUGGAGUCAUCAAACAAAUUGGGGAAAAUCUCAUUGUGCCCGGCGGGGUAAAAACCAUCGACGCCCACGGCCGCAUGUUGAUGCCGGGUGGCAUCGACGUGCACACGCGUUUCCAGAUGCCUGAUCGAGGCAUGACGUCCGCCGAUGAUUUCUAUCAGGGAACCAAGGCUGCACUGGCCGGAGGCACCACCAUGAUCAUUGACCAUGUGGUUCCUGAGCCUGGCGUCAGCCUCAUCUCAUCCUUCGAGCAGUGGCGCGAAUGGGCCGACAGCAAGUCCUGCUGCGACUACUCGCUGCAUGUUGACAUCACCGAGUGGCACAGGGGCAUGCAGGAGGAGAUGGAGGCGCUCGUGAAGGAUCACGGUGUCAACUCUUUCCUGGUGUACCUGGCCUAUAAGGAUAUUUUCCAGCUUACCGACGCUCAGGUGUACGAGGUGUUCAGUGUGAUCCGCGAUCUGGGUGCCAUCGCCCAGGUGCACGCUGAGAAUGGAGACAUCGUAGCUGAGGAGCAGCGCAGGAUCCUGGAGCAGGGGAUCACUGGGCCUGAGGGACACGUGUUGAGCCGUCCUGAGGAGGUGGAGGCGGAGGCUGUAAACCGCUCUGUGACUGUGGCCAAUCAGACCAACUGCCCCCUCUAUGUCACCAAGGUGAUGAGCAAGAGCGCUGCUGAUGUCAUCGCUCAAGCCAGGAAGAAGGGCACUGUCGUCUACGGAGAGCCAAUCACUGCAAGCCUGGGAACAGAUGGUUCCCACUAUUGGAGCAAGAACUGGGCCAAGGCAGCUGCCUACGUCACCUCCCCUCCCCUGAGCCCCGACCCAACUACACCAGACUAUCUCAACUCCCUGCUCUCCUGUGGUGACCUUCAGGUGACAGGAAGCGCGCACUGUCCCUUCAACACUGCCCAGCGUGCUGUGGGCAAAGAUGACUUUAGCUUGAUUCCUGAAGGCGUCAAUGGCACCGAGGAGAGGAUGUCAAUCAUCUGGGACAAGUGUGUGGUGACGGGUAAGAUGGACGAAAACCAGUUUGUGGCAGUGACCAGCACCAACGCCGCCAAGAUCUUCAACCUGUAUCCCCGCAAGGGUCGUAUCGCCGUGGGUUCAGAUGCUGACCUGGUGCUGUGGGACCCAGACGUCACGAAGAUUAUCUCUGCCAAGACCCACAACUCGACUGUGGAGUACAACAUCUUUGAAGGCACAGAGGUGCGCGGCGGGCCUCUGGUGGUGAUCAGCCAGGGCAAGAUCGUCUUGGAGGAAGGGAACCUCCACACCACUGAGGGCUCGGGACGCUUUGUGGCCCGAAAACCUUUCCCUGACUAUGUCUACAAGAGGAUAAAAGCUCGCAGCAGGCUGGCUGAACUGAGGGGUGUACCCAGAGGACUGUAUGACGGUCCUGUCUGCGAGGUGUCAGUCACCCCGAAAACCAUGACUCCUGCCUCCUCCGCCAAGACCUCACCUGCCAAGCAGCCCAACCAGCCCGUCCGUAACCUGCAUCAGUCUGGAUUCAGCCUAUCUGGGGCUCAGGUUGACGACAACAUUCCUCGCCGGAACACCCAGCGCAUCGUGGCGCCACCGGGUGGAAGGGCCAACAUCACCAGCCUGGGUUAGAGCUCCGCCCUCGGGCCGCUGAGGAGGACAUGGAGAUCUGAGGCCAACAGGAGCUGAGGGGUCGAGAAACCACGUCACGACAACGGGAGCCGAACGCUCCACAGCACCUGAACCGGGCCCUCCGUCAGCCUCGGUUAUUCACCUCCUCCUUCGCUGCUUUUCACAUACCCACUCUCCUCCUCCCCAAAACCUGAUCCUAGAGGACACAGUUAGAAACAAAACAAAAAAAAACAACUAAAAAAUGGUCUGCCUCAUAUGAUGACAAAAGAGAAAAAAUGAAAACACACCUUAUUUGAGCACUUUUGACUGCAUUGUUUCGUUUUUUUAUACCGUACUUUCUCCCUGCCAUGUAUCCUUUUGAUGUUUGUUUUACUGUUUUAUUAGAGGGAUCGUGAGGCUAAACUGAAUUACUACAGUGAUGCAGGAUGUCCAUUGUAUUUCUAUUCUUUCUUUUCAUUUUGGGAGUUUAAAUGGAGCAACCAGUAUAGCUAUCCUCUUUUGUUGCUUUUGUUAAAUAGGCCAAACAGUAGGUUGCUUGAAAUUGAACAGUCUCACAGUUUAUUCAGCCGACAAGAAUCUAAUACUUCCUUCGAGCUGUCGACUAUCUGUAAUUUGUAUUAUGUUGCAUUUCAAUCGCUUCACUUUCCAGUGCAUUGCCAUCUGUCACACACUGCUACAAUCAAUACCCAACUGAUUAUUCGCCAAGAGGACGGCCUCAAGAUUUAAAAAAUUGAACAACACAGCAGUGUUUUAUUAGGGUUGUAGACUCUCGCAGCACUGGCCCUCAUCAUGUUUUCCUACCUGUGGCUUUGCUAAGGUACAUAAGUAAAAAAACACUUUCCAUAUUUGGCAGCUGCCUUACAGCUUGUGAGUCCUGUGGAGCAGAAGGAGCUUUGGCAGGUAGUAAAUAAAGCUUUAUGCUGGUGUCAGGCCAUCACUAAGUGGGAGAAUCGAUGGAAAGAUUUAGAGAGGAAAGAGAAAGUUGUAUUUCGCUGUCACUUCAAACUCAACCUUUCCUUGCCUUAUUGUCUUUUAGAGAACUUUUAGAAGUGCGGGGAAGGCGCCAUUCACUACGCAGCUACAUAUAUUCCAGCUUCUUUGCAUUCCUGUAAAUCAUAAAGCUCCAAAUUUUUAAGUGACAGCUGGUGAAGCACCCGAUGACCGUCCCAUCACCAACCAGUGCAUUUACAUACAGAAUGUUUUUCUCCUCCUCCAAAGGUGACUGUUUUAUACUCAUCAAAAUUCCCUCUUUCCUUUCUACUCUUUAUGUGCCUGAACCCACAGAAGUUGUACUGAUAGUUUGAUUUUUCUUGUUUUGUUAUUCUUAUUGAGGUAAGUGAAGGAUGUAAGAUAAAAAGAUGUAAAAUAGACAGGAUUAACCGAUUCAAAGGUGCCAGAUUUUGCGCUUUCGUAGGGCCUAUUCUGCUGGUAGAGCCCCUGUAAAGACGAAAAAUGCUCGAUAUCUUGAAAUGUUCUAAUGUUUUAGAGUUUUUAACUUGUUGUCAAACUGCUUUUUAGUGUCAUUCUGUAACUAGGUGCCUAAGGGCUGAGCACUAUUGAUUUACGCUUGAAAGUAGACAUGAGCUAAUGUACUUCUGACUAGUGUGCAGUGUUGAUGUGUGAGGGAUGGGACACGCGCAGCCGGCUCCUGUACAGCACUCCUCGCUGUUGUGACCAUCGCUCCAGGCCGUGCUGGACGCUCAUAUGUUCUUGUUCCUUUUUUUAUUUUGCAUGAUCUGGUUUUCAUUAAGCCAAGCAACUGAUGUCCCAUGUUAGUCCUUAUGCCAACGAGGUCUUGGUCGCCAGUCGCCAUCUCUCUGCAGCCUCUUUCUUCCCCCCACGGUGCAACAAGCUCACUCAGACAAGGAGGUAGCCAGGGGCCAGUUACAUAAAUGUAGAUUAAAACUAGCCUAUGCUUUAGACUAGUCUAAAAUUCUUUAGACUAGUAUAUUAACGCAGGCUUAUUUUUGGCCAACAAACUGACUUAAGACCUACUUGUCACUAUUGCAACACAUGAGAGGUAGCUUUAGUUAGCUAGUGGGCACGUCUGUGUCACAAGUUUGUCAUUUGGUGAAGUCAUUUGAAGUCUGGGUUAACUAAGUAUGCCUUUAUGCAACUGGCCCCUGACUCACUCACACACACAUACAUACAUAUAUAAUGUAGAUAGACAAACGUACACCACCUGUGUUUGUGCUUUCAACCCCAGUUUUUCAGAUGUCCUCCCCUCUGAUCUAACUACAAGUCUAUAGAAGGCAAAGUCUGUCAGCGUUACGGAUGGUAUAUGUAUUUAAAGAAUCCAAAGCAGGGGGAAUGUAACAAAUGCAUGUCUGAAGCAUUCAUAGAUUAGACGAGGCAGGAAUGGGAAAUGGAAACUCGAACUCCGUGGCAACUUAGGCGUCACACAACAAGGCUUUUGUAAGUCAAGAGGUGGGAAUGUAACCGUCUAUCUGACAAAUUUUUCGCUCAUUCACAGUGGUCUACUGUUGUCUCUUUUCUUUAACUUUUUUUAAUCAUCCUAAUUAACAUCGUAUUGACACUUACACUUAUUUGAGCUUCCCUCUAUCUACACUAUGCGACCCACUCCAGCUACACCAUUACUUUAGGCGGGAGGGUGUGUGGGUGAAGUCCUCAAACAGUAAUAUGCUUCUUGUAUUUUCCAUGUCAUUCCUUCCUUUCAGUUUGUCUUUAUGUCUUCUCCCCUUUCUUUCGUCCUCCCUCCCUCCCUCCGUCCGUCCCCGGCUCUUUUGUUGUUUCUGGCUGUUGCCGUGGCGACAGGCCCCUCCACUCUCACGGGGUUCUGCUUUUUGUUUGUCAUGGUAACGCUUGUCAGAUUGGAGGUUGCCAUAAGCAACCCGUCCUGACCCGGUGCUAUUAGUACAGCUUUACACACACACACACACACACACACACACACACACACACACACACACACACACACACACACACACACACACACACACACACACACGCAGACACGUUUUUAUAAUUAUUCUGUGACAGUGUUGCUCCAUUUCUACAUAAUCCCGUGCUGAGUUAUGUGGAAUCCAGAGCUUAAAAAGAAUCUAUUAGAGUUGAAAGCACACUACAGACUAUAGCAUUAACACGUACACACACAUGCAAACACAUUAAACAGGGACUGCUGUGAUGCAGCACCCAAGCCUGAAGAAUUGACUGCAGUUAACACUGGCGUCCUCGCCGUGUCCCAUGCCUCCUCGAUUUACACACACUAAACACACACUUAUACUCCUUUUAGUGCUCUGUCAGCUUGGAUGCUUUUUCUAUGCCAUAUUAUGCUAAUGAUAUAUGAGUGAUAUGUAUGUACGCAACGUGCUGCAGACUGAGAGGGAGCUUCCUUCCAUUCUGAGGUUGUUGAUGCUGUUGAACACCUUCUUGCCCCCCUGAUCCUCUCGUCCCCCUCUGUAAGCCUUUCCCCUUUGUGAAAGUGAAACUGUGUGAUGGUAUUUGUCUCGGUGGCUGUGGGGUUUCUGGGAUGCUUGCUCACUAUGGAAAGUGUCAGAUCCCAUGGAUGGUGAUGUAAAAAAAACAACAAAAAAACCCAACAACAACAAGGACUUCAAAGAAUAAAAAAGAAAAGGACAAAAAA